AUGGCGGAUAAGGAAAAGAAGAUCAAGAAGAAGAAGGCGAAAGAAGAAGCACCCGCUGAGGAGGCAGCAGCCCCCGCUGAAAGACAAUCUUCCCGUGGCAGCCGUAAGGCUAAGCGCACUGGUUCCAAUGUCUUCUCUAUGUUCACACAGAAGCAGGUCGCUGAGUUCAAAGAGGCCUUCCAGCUAAUGGACCACGACAAGGACGGUAUCAUCGGUAAGAGCGAUCUCCGCGCCACCUUCGACUCCCUCGGCAGACUGGCCUCCGAGAAGGAAUUGGAUGAGAUGGUCGGUGAGGCUUCCGGCCCCAUCAACUUCACCCAGCUCCUCACACUCUUCGCGAACCGCAUGUCCGGAGGAUCAGACGAUGACGACGUUGUCAUCAACGCCUUCAAAACCUUCGACAAGGACGGCAGAAUCGACUCAGAGAAACUCAGGCACGCACUCAUGACCUGGGGCGACAAGUUCUCCGGUGACGAAGUCGAUGAGGCGUACGACCAGAUGGAAAUCGACGACAAAGGUUUCAUUGACACCCAGAAGCUUAUCACCAUGCUGACCGCUAGCGCUGAGGAUGAGGAAGGCGGUGAAGCCGCGUAA